CCGCAGGUUGGCCUGAGGUACCCCCUGUACCAGCUGGGCAACCCGCAGCUCCGUGUCUUCCGCACCAACUUCUUCAUUCAGCUGGUGCGGCCCGGCACGGCCCAGCCCGAGGACACCGUGCAGUUCCGGAUCCCCAUGGAGAUGACCAGGGUGGACCUGAGGAACUACCUGGAGCGCAUUUACAGCGUGCCCGUGGCCGCCGUGCGGACCAGGGUGCAGCAUGGUUCCAACAGGAAGAGGGACCACAGGAACCUCAGAGUGAAGAAGCCGGACUACAAGGUGGCCUACGUGCAGCUGGCACACGGGCAGACCUUCACGUUCCCAGAUCUCUUCCCUGAGAAGCCGAGCCCCAAAGACGGCUCCACGGAGGACGAGCUCCAGGCGGUGAUGGAGGAGCAGCGGCAGAGGCAGCGCCAGGACCCCCGGCGGGGCGGCAUCCCCCAGUGGUUCGGCCUGUGACAGCGCAGGGCGCAGGGCCUGCCACCUGAGUAAAUAAAAGUGCCUGUGCACCGAG